UCUUGAUAUAAAGCAGGAAUCAAUCUGACAAGGGCAGUACCAGUUAAACCCCACAUCGGAAACAUAAGGUUAUUGCAUGAUCCAUUGAUUGUCCGAUAACGUGAAGUUCUAUUACAUUGCAUCAUAGGAAUGCAAAUGUCUGCAAUAUUCUGAUCAACUAUUGGUUGAAACCUCGUUCCAGGUAAUCCAGUUGAUAUACUAAAAAAAGAAAAAAAAUGAUUUAAGAAAACUUAUUAAACUGCUUAGAAUUAUUGUAUUAAUUUAUUCAAUAUUUACGUCAUCGAAUUUUCGACUUCUGGAAGGACACUUGAAUUAAUGUUUGGUCUAGUUCCAUACAUUUGCAAGAUAUCCUGUAUACCAUCUGUUAAAUCUGUUAAAGAAUUCCAAAAUGAUCUAGGCCCAUUACCCAAACUUGAUUGAUAAGAGUCUAGUUAUUAAUCAAACAUCAAAGAUAUUGAGAUUAAAAGUUUGUUUAAUACAUCAACUUUAAAUAUAAUAAUUGAUUCACUUACAGGCAUUUGUUAAUAAAAUAUAGUAUGUAAUGUAAAUGCUAUUCAUCUCUUUAAAAGCAAUGUGGAAACUGAUGGAGAAAUAAUAUUUUCCUGUUCCAUUUUUAAAAUUUUUCAAUGUCACUUAUCAAGUUGAUAAACCUUUCAAGCCCAUAAUUAUCAACACUUUCACUUAUUUCAUUUAUACAUUCAUUUCAACUUAAACUACAAAAAGUUCCAGUAUGUAAAUAUGGUUAACCAUGAAAAAUUAAUAUUUAUUUAGGAAAAUUGUAUUUUAGAAAAGAAAUAUCUAAGCAUGCCAGAAGUAUUUUAACAAGAGUUAACACCUGGUAAUAUUAGAAACAAUUCCUAACCUAUUUAUAAAAAAACUUCUAAAUCUUUGUAUAUCCAUUAUUUUAAAACAUGAAUAUUCCAUGAAAUUUUUGGUUCAUGAAAGCUUUCCAUUAUAAAAGUUACACCAAUGCUUAAUAUACUAAAAAUUAAUGAGUCGUUCAAGGAAUUUGUGUGCAGGAGGAGUUGGCAAAAAGUGUAUCUAUGCUAAUUCCAUUCAUAUGCACACUAUGAUCAAUGGAAUUCCAGUUAUUUUAAAAUUGGCUGAGUUCGAUUCGGGUUUUAAAUUACCUAUUGGCGAUGGGCUUGAUUGCAAAAAAAAGGUUGUUCAGGUCAAGAAACGUUCCUCAGCUUGCUGUCCUGAAUGCAAAUGUGGCUCUGGAGAGGCCGCUCCACAUAAGUCAUUGAAAGAAAAGAAACGAAACAGAUCACGAGAAUGUUUUGCAAAAAACAAUAAGUUAAGGAAAUCUCUUCCUUCAGAAUGUUACAGGUCAAGUGAUAAUUUGGGGAAAAUGAAUGAAAUACAGAUAUUUACUUCUAAAUCAAGCUUCAGUUGCAGAUCAGUGGAUAAUUUUGAGGAAAAAAAAUCAUUUGGAAAAUGUCCUUCAAAAACUAGUUCCAGUUGCAGGUCAACAGAUUUUCCGAAAACAAAAAAAAAAAAGAAAUAUUUUUUCCAAACAGGUUCCAGGCGAAGGGACAGUUGUGAGAAAAUUAAAAAAAAAAAGAGACCAACUUCCAAAACACGUUCCAGGUCAAGGGAUAGUUGUAAGAAAAUUAAAAAAGUAAUGAAACUACCAACCAAAAGAAGCUCCAGUUCCAGGCCGAAGGAUUGCAAGAAAAUAAAAAAAAUUGAAAAACCAUUUUACAAAAGAAGUCCCAGGCCAACAGAUAGUUGUGAUAAAAUAAAAAAAGUAAAGACACCAUCUCCCAAAAGAAGACGAAGGCCUAGUGAUAGUUGUGAGAAAGUUGAAAAAGUAAAGAAACAAUCACCUAAAAGACGUUCCAGGCGUGAUGAUAGUUGUGAGAAAAUUGAAAAAGUAAAGAAACUCUCUCCCAAAAGACGUUCUAGGUCAAGGGAUAGUUGUGAGAAAAUUAAAAAAAUAUCUCCUGAAACAAGUUCCAGUUGCAGACCAGUGGUUAGUUGUGAGAAAAUUAAAAAAAAAAAGAAACCAUCCCCCAAAAGAAGUUCCAGUUGCAGACCAAGAGAUAGUUGUGAAAAAAUUAAAAAAAAAAAGAAACAAUCUCCCAGAAGAAGUUCUAGGUCAAGGGAUAGUUGUGAGAAAAUUAAAAAAGUAAAGAAACCAUCUCCCAAAAGACGAUCUAGGUCAAGGGAUAGUUGUAAGAAAAUUAAAAAAGUAAAGAAACCAUCUCCCAAAAGACGAUCUAGGAAAAUGGAUAGUUGUGAAAAAAUUAAAAAAGUAAAGAUACCAUCUCCCAAAAGGCGCCCUAGAUCAAGGGAUAGUUGUGAGAAAAUUAAAAAAGUAAAGAAACCAUCUUCCAAAAGAAGUUCUAGUUGCAGGCCAAGGGAUAGUUGUGAGAAAAUAAAGAAAUCACCGGCUAAAAAAAGUUCCAGUUACAGGCCAAGGGAUAGUUGUGAAAAAAUAAAAAAAAUAAAGAAACCAUCUACCAGAAGGAGUUCCAGUUACAGGCCAAGGGAUAGUUGUGAAAAAAUAAAGAAACCAUCUACCAGAAGGAGUUCCAGUUGCAGGCCAAGAGGUAGUAGUGAGAAAACUAAUGCUGCACCUCGCAAAACAUGUUCAAGGCCAAAAGUUAUUUUAGUCAAACUUAAAAAAAUAAAGAAAUGUCCUUCCAAAACAAGUGUAAGAAGUUUCAGGUCGAAAGAGUGUAUUGUGGAACCUAAAAAAUUAAAGAAAUGUCCUUCUAAAUCAGUAUUCAGUUGCAGAUCAAGGAAUAUUUUUAAGAAACCUGAUAAAUUAAAGAAAUGUUUAUCAAAAACAAUUUCCAGGUCAAAGGAUCUUUUUGUGAAACUUAAGACUGUGAAAGUAAAUAUUUGUUCUUCGCAAAGUAGUUCCAGUUGCAGAUCAAAGGAUAGUUCUGUGGAAUAUGAGAAAUCUAGUUCUAUUACAAACUCCAGUUGCAGAUCAGAGGAUAGUUUUGUGGAACCUAAGAAAUCUCCUUUCAAAUCAAGUUGCAGAUCAAGGGAAACUAUUAAGAAACCUAAAAAAUCAGAAAAAUGUCCUUCCGAAACAAGUUUAAGGUUCAGGGAUAUUUUUGUGAAACAAAUUAAGAAACCAUCUCCCAAAAGAAGGCCAAGGGAUAGUAUUGAGAAAAUUAAAAAAGUAUGUCAACCACCUCCAAAAAGAAGUUCCAGGCCAUGCGAUAGUUUUGAGGAAAUUAAAAAAAUAAAAGAAACAUUGCCCAAAAGAGGUUACAGGCCAAGGGAUAGUGUUGAGGAAAUUAAAGAAUUUACGAAAUCAUCUCAUACAACAUGUUCCAGAUUAGAGGAUAUUUCUGUACAACCUACUCCAAAUAUCAGGGUUAGUGAUUCUGAGAAAACUAUAGAGUUCAGGAAAUUUCCUUCUCGAACAAAUUCCAGUUGCAGAUCAAGGAACAUUGUUUUGAAACCGAAGGAAUUAAGAACAAGUCCUCCUAAAAUAAGUCCGAGGUCUGAAAGUAUUUGUGUGGAACCAAAAAUAAUUUGUCCUUCCGUAGAAAGUUUCAGUUCUGUGGAUACUUUUGUGGAACCAAAAGAAUUAGAAAUAUGUCCUCCACUAGCAAAUGUCAGCUCUGUGAAUAUACCCUUGGAACCAAAAGAAUUAAAAACAGAUCCUCCCCAAGCAAAUAUCAGGGAUGCUUGCACUGAAUUUGAAUCUAAAGAGAGUGUUGUCAGUAUUAGGUGUGUGCCUGCGAAACAGAUCGCACGAGCCCCAUCACGUGAAAAGAAACCGAAACAGAAACCUCCCAAAAAAGAACGUAAAAUCAGACAAAGAAGAUCAUAUUGUGUAUUCAAAAGAAAAGAUGUUGAAUAUACACCAAAGAAAAGGAAAGCUGAAGAACCUAAAAGAAAGCCAAAAGUAAAAAAAGUUCCAAAGGAAGAAUGGUGUCCACCAGUUCAAAAAGAAAAAUCUCCACCACCAAGACCUCCAAUGGAAGAAUGGUGUCCACCAGUUAAGAAAGAAAAAUCUCCACCGCCAAGACCUCCAAGGGAAGAAUGGUGUCCACCGCCACAAAGAGAAAAGCGUCCAACUUUUUGUAAAGAUGCUCCAACGAAAAAGGCUAAAAAAACAAAAGCAAAACUUUGUAGACCAGUUUUUGUUGAUGCUGGCACGAGUACAGGUUCCGAAACAGUGAAACACCAUUAUAAUGUUGUGCCGGAAGAGAAAACCGGAUUUAAUUUGUGCAAUAAAAUGGAAUAUACAAUUAGUUGUGAUACUGAAAAAACCUCAUGCAGUGUUGAUACUGAAAAUUCUUCUAGAGAAAACCCAAGGGGAAAUUUGAGGAGUGACUCGGAAGAAGUUAAAUACAGGUAUAUAGCAUGCCACCUAAAGGAAGGCGAAAUACCCGACAGAUUGGUAAGGUCAUGUAGGAGUAAGUCAACGACUGAGACGGGGGAUUGCCUAGAGACCACUUUAUCUAUCUACGCGCCCAGCCUCGGUUCCAUGGUGCCCCAUCGUUUUGAUGAAUCCAAUGAAAUUCUUUCAACUAUAGUCGAUCAUGCCAUGAAGGACGAAAAGGGUACUGACACGAUGUCACAAGCUACAUGUGCCGGCAUAGCAUUUUCUACCAGUACGUCAGCACAGACCUGCUUGAUUGACUACGAAGUCUUCAAAGGGUAUAACGGCACCCCAAAACUUAUACGAAAAGAAUAUGUGGUUGAAGAAACUUAUACAAACGGGAAUCUAUUAAUGAAAACUGAUAGCUCCAAUGUUUAAAGAUAAUCCGUUUUUUUGAAACAGGUCAAGAAGUUAGUGCUUUUUUACAGUUUUUAUUUUUAUUUUUUAUCAUUUAUGAUUAAUAGGCAUAUAUUAGGUUUUAAGCAAUAUAGUUUUUUUUAUUUUUUGUAUGUUAUUAUUUAUUUUAUGAUAUUUU